GGAAGAAUUAGGGUUCCUGGAGCUUGAGUGUCGCGGGGAGGGGGGAGAUGAGCAUAGUCCACAACUCAUGGCGCCAGCAGCAUCCCAGGAUCAUCAUCGCAUGAGCCGGAGCUUCUCCUACGAUGUGCUGCUCCGCGAUGUUUCCGGUUUAGGGUUUAGGGUUUAGGGUCUCCCACCCGCUCCAGCUCCGAGCUGAGCCCGCCGGAGAUCGAGGAGGCCACUGUUCACUCCAAUGGCGGCCUCCAUCACCGCCCGAGGCUUGAUCUCCCACCGGCAGAAAGCAAGAGCUCUUCAGAGCCCGCCAAUGGAUCUCUUCUUCUGGUGGACGAAGACACAUGCAGCUCCCGGGUUGAAGACCCGGCUACCUCAGUCGUUCAUCACACCUCUGGCGGAGAAGCCCGCUUCUCCGCCAACAUACCUCGGUUAUCAACUUUGAACCCGAUGGUGAAACCGAACCGGGUUCACAGAAGAAGCUCGAGAACGAGGCUGACAAACCUUUCCCGGGUCUUCCACCAGCUUUUGAUCCCACCAGUGGAGCUCACUGGAGACAACUUAUGAAUGCCGGCAAUGAGUACAUGGAACUGGAUUUUUCUCCGGUUCAACAUGUGAUGGACGAGCUCACUGAUGGAGCUGCUCUGCAAAUUACGACAAGAACCGGAAGCGAACAAAGCCGGGAGCGCGGGUACAAUGUCUUGUGCAAUGUUCCCUGGCGCUGCGAGCUGACUCUUUCUUGUCACUCUUAACUGUGACUCCAUUGCGGCUCCUGAUGGUUUUACCGAACCGUGUAAGGAACUUCCGGACAGUCGGACCCAGUGACUGGUGCGACUUAUGUUGUUUGAUCAUAUUAAUCGCCGGAGGGAAGGCUCUUCAGCAAGCUGAGAUCAGGUACAUCUAUCACUCUAUCAGAUUCGCAAACAUCAAGCUCUAUGUGAUCUACAACAUGCUCGAGGUGUUUGACAAGCUUUUCCAAUCAUUUGGAGUCGAGGUUCUCUUCAGAUCAGCAGUGAGCUGCACAGAAGGCUUCGGAUUUUUUUAAGGCUUUUCUUCGAUCAGAGCAUCGCCAUCGGAUGCUUCAUUAUCCUUUUUCUUUUAUUUUUUAUCUUUAUUUUAUUUAUUAAUUAGUUUUUUAUCCUUAACUUCUACACACUUGUGCACUCGUUCAUCAUCAUGUUUGAAGGAAUAACUCUGGCCGCGGCCCUCCACCAUGCGGCUACAAAUUGUUCAUGCUCUUAAUGUCGACUACGACUACAUUUCAGGAUACUACGACUAAAUCACCUUCCUUGGAGUUGAUCGUUGGAAGCAGCUCGAAACAGCAGGUGAUCACCAGCUUAUGGAGUGAGGAGACUUCUGGCAAACUCCGGAGCUGAAACAUCGUUGCAUCGAGAUGAUCAAUGAAACGAGUACCGUUAUUCCUCAGCGUGAUCUACUUCCACCAGCAUCUCUUCAACAACUCCCAGACAGGUUAAAAGAGUUCGAGCUUCUUUGGAGCAUCCAGUGAAUGAAAGCCUCUGAAUCAAAAUCUCAAGCACCUGAGUUUGGCUGUACUUGUUAGACUCUCCCUUGGAAGUUUGAAAGGUCCAACGUACACAGCGACCUGCUAUGUUGGCUAGAAGCACAGCUUCAUUUUUUCAA